ACAAAAGACAAACGACUGGCCCAUAACACCAAAACCGCGGCGCCAAAAGAUUUCCAGAAGUUUCCAAAACUAGAACGUUCGUCAAUGGCGGUUUCCGGCCUUUCGACUUCCACACUCCCCUCCUUCUAUCUCCGCUCUACAACCAUUCACCGAUCCAAAACUUCCACUGUCCCCCGCUCCUUCCUCUCCCAUCCUCCUCCUUUCCCUAACUUCACUCUCUCCAAUCCACACUCUCAAAUCGCCGUUGUCUCUUCCGAUUCCAAGACCACUUCGUUUGACCUAAGUGCCCCAGAUUUGGAUAAUAGCAGCGGAGGCGGAAAUAUUAAAAGUAACGGAGACGAUUUUGGCGGUGGAGGAGGCGGUGGUGAAGGAGGAGGCGGAGACGAUAGUAGCAAAGGAGAGGAAGGAUCGAGCGGAGAUAAAAGGAAGAUGGGUUUGUCAAUGUCUCAGAAAUUGACUCUAGGUUAUGCUAUACUCGUCGGAGCGGGUGGUGUAAUGGGCUUUCUGAAGAGUGGCAGCCAGAAGUCACUUUUGGCUGGGGGUUUCUCUUCUGCUCUGCUGUUUUAUGUUUUCACCGAGCUACCCGGAAGACCUGUUCUUGCAUCAUCUGUGGGUCUUGGUAUAUCUGCUGCGCUUCUUACGGCGAUGGGUUCUCGUUUCAAGAAAUCAGGGAAGGUCUUUCCAGCAGGUGUUGUGUCCCUUGUGUCACUCAUAAUGACUGGUGGUUACUUGCAUGGAAUUAUGCGUAGUAGUUCGCACUAGAAUGUAAAUAAAAUGAAAACAGUGAGAUAUCCUGUAAACUGCGCUGAAUAUGACUCCCUCUUUGUUGUGAAUCUUGUGGUUUGUACUGUAGAUCUGAGGUUUAUGUUUGUCAUACAGAUAAACAUUUGUUGUGAAAUAAAAGUGAUGAAUGUGAACCUU